UGGGCGGAGGGCGGACCGGGCUGCGCCUUCCUGCCGCUGCCGGUCAGGCCACCGGGGUCUCCCGUCUGCACCCCGACAGGGUACCCGCCAGCCAUGCCCAGCCCUCAGCACUGAGGCUACUGGCGGGGACGGAGGGGCCUGCAGGACCGUGGCGAGGCAACAGCGAGGGCAGCCGCGUCCACCAGGAGGACAUGAGCCCUUCUGAGGACACGGGGCCUGCAGAGGCAGUGGCCACGGUCAGGGGCGACCUGACGUUGAGGCUGCAAGCUGUGAGGAGACAGAGUGGACGGCCGGACCCUGACCUCCAGCGGGCACUGCGGGGCCACCUGCGCCUACUGGAGAGUGACAGCCAGGAGCUGGCCCACGUCCUAGGGGAGCUGUCGGCCAGGCUGCUGUCCAUCCACAGCGACCAGGACCAGAUCGUGGUGACCUUUAAGACGUUUGAGGAAAUCUGGAAGUUCUCCACCUACCACGCUCUCGGCUUCACACACCACUGCCUGGAGCAAAUGCUGGUGGACCAGGCCCUCUGGCUGCUGCCCCCUGGGGACGACCAGGAGGUGGCCGUGCGCGUGCAUGUGGACCCCGCUACCCUGCAGCGGACGCAAGAGAACCUGUUGGCCCUGGAAGGGCCUUUCUUUGUCCUGUGUCCUGACCACCGUGUGAGGACAAUCACUGGCCCCCCGGGGGCAGGCACGGGCCCCCAGCCCCUCAGGCGGACUUCAGGGGUCCCACAGGCAGAGACGGCCCCCGGCUCUAGCUCACCUGACAAAGAGACGGCCACCCCGGAGCCCUUGAUUCCGUUCCAUCAGUGGGCUCUCAGGGGCUCCUGGGAUCCUGGCGAUGAGCCCGAAGAUGCAGCUGCAGUGCCAGAUGUGUCCCCAAUGGCUGUGGGCCUGGCCUCCGCUGUGGCCGACUGCCAGGGUGCAGGCCCUGAAGAGCUGAGCUUCCAGGCCGGGGACUCUGUCCAGCUCCUGGGCGCCCGCAUGCCUGGCCUGCGCUGGUGUGUGGGGAGACACACAGCUUCCGGGCAGGUGGGCUUCGUGCGGACCAGCGACAUCUGCACGCAGGACUGCUUGUCUGAGCUUGAGGAGGCCAUCUUCCUGAGCGAGGAGGAACGCGCUUUCUUCAGCAGCCAGGGACACUUGCCCCAGGACGAGGCCAGCCGGUUACUGAGCAGGAUGGCAGGGCUGGACACUUGCACAGAGUACAGCAUGGACACACUCGAAGAAGCUGAACAACCUGAGGAACCAGAAAUGUCUCCCCCUGGCCUGAACCCGGAGCCACAUGAGACCCUGCAGAAGGUGAAGAACAUUCUAGAACGAUGCAAGUCCUGCCCCAGCGGCUGCGCGGAGCCGGAGUCCCGGGAUCUCCAGACCAAGAGCUACUCCACGGGCACCACGGUACCGGACACGGAGGAGCCGUGGUUCUGCCUGGCCGCCACCGACAGCUGGGCCGACCCGGAGACCCUGCACACGGAGCUGCUGGCCCUGAACGCGCCCGGGCACGAGGCCCGGUUCCUCUCCCUGCCCGGGCCGAGCCGCGCGGCCGGCGGCCGGGACGAGGAGGAGCUGGUGGGGCGGCUGGCGCAGGCACGGGCGGCCGCCAAGAAGGCCGGUCUCGCCAUGGCACUGGCCCGGCUCUGCCUCCUGCUUGGCCGGCUGUGCGUGCGCAGACUUAAGCUCUCCCAGGCCCGCGUCUACCUGGAGGAGGCCCAGGCGGCGCUGGGCGGGCGCUUCGGCGACCUGGCGCUGGUGGCAGCCGUGUACGCACACCUGGCGGCCGUACACCUGAAGCAGAAGAACCGGGAGAAGAGCGCCCAGGUGGUGCCCAAGGCGGCCGCCCUGCUGCUGGCCACGCCCGGCCUGUGGGGCGGCACGGAGGCCGAGGCCCAGCUGCUGAGGCAGGCCCUGCGGGGGGCUGUGGUGGGCCGGAGCCCCCAGGCCGAGGCCCGGGCCUGCUUCCUGCUGGCCCAGCACCACAUCCGGCUCAGGCAGCCCGAACGGGCCCUGCCCUUCCUGGAGCGGCUGCUGCUUCUGCAGCAGGCCCUGGGCAGCCCCCGCGCCUGCUGGCCCGUCCACUGCGCCCUGCUCCUGGCCGCCACCUACGGCCGCCAGUGCCUGCCAAACCUGGCGCUGAGCUGCGCCAAGGUGGCCUCGCUGCUGCCGUGGGGCUCCCUGGCCAGCACCCUGCACAGCGUGGACCUGGUCCAGCGCCACAGCCCCCGGGCCCACAGCCUGCCCACCCAGGCAGCCCGGUACCUUUGGCAGGCACUGGCGGCCGGCCCGGGCCUGGCACUGCAGGGCCUGCUCUGUGCCAGCCUGGCACGGCUGCACAGCCUCCACGGGCAGCACGGCCGGGCCGCUGUCCUCACGGUGCAGGCAGCGGAGGCCGAAGCCCAGGCUGGCGGCCUCCACGUGCUGGACUAUCUGCUGGCCCUCGCCCAGCUGCACCUGCUCCGUGGGCAGAGCCUGGUGGUCCUGGGCAUCCUGGAGGCCGUGCGGGAGACGGCCACGCCCAGCGAGGAGCAGGAGGGCGUGAUGGCCAACGUGGAGGCCAUGGCACUGCGGAGGACCGGCCGGACUCGGCAGGCGGCUGAGGGCUACUACCGCGCCCUGCGCCUGGCCAGGGCCCUGCGGCGCCCGCGCAACCAGGCCGUGGUCCUGGCCAACUUCGGGGGGCUGUGCGGGCAGGUGGGCGCGGGGCGCCUGGCCCAGCACUACCUCCUGCAGGCCGCCAGGCUGUUCUCGGGGCUGCCCGGCCAGGAGCGCGGCCCCGACCUCACCCGCGUGUUGCUGGCGCUUGGAGACCGGAGCACCCGUGGGCGCCGCCCCUGCCAGGGCAAGAGCUACUACGAGUGGGCCUUCCUGGUGGCCGUGGAGUCCAGCCAUGUGGAAUGCCAGCUGCAGGCCGUCCAGCGUCUGUGCCACUUCUACAGUGCCGUGAUGCCCAGCGAGGCCCGCAGUGUGGUAUUCCACGAGCUGCAGCUCUCCCUGGCCCGCACGCUGGCCGACAAGCGGCUGGAGGGGCGUCUGCUGGAGACCAUCAGCCAGCUCUACCUGGCACUGGGCACCGAGCGGGCCUACCGAUCGGCGCUGGACUACACCAAGCGCAGCCUGGGCGUGUUCAUCGACCUGCAGCAGAAGGAGAAGGAGGCGCAUGCCUGGAUGCAGGCCGGCAAGAUCUACUACAUCCUGCGGCAGACUGAGCUGGUGGACCUGUACCUCCAGGUGGCCCAGAACGCAGCCCUGUACACCGGAGACCCGCGGUUGGGGCUGGAGCUCUUCGAGGCGGCUGGGGACAUCUUCUUCAAUGGGGCGUGGGAGCGGGAGAAAGCUGUGUCCUUCUACCGCGAUCGGGCGCUGCCCCUGGCGGUGACCACGGGGAACCAGGAGGCGGAGCUGAGGCUAUGCAACAAGCUGGCCGUGCUGCUGGCCGAACUGGACACACCCCGCGAGGGGCUGGAGUUUGCCCACAUGGCGCUGGGGCUCAGUGUCGCCCUGGGGCACCGGCUGAACGAACGCGUGGCCUGUCACCGGCUGGGCGCGCUGCACCAGCGCCUGGGCCAGGGCGAGCUGGCUGAGCACUUCUACCUGAAGGCCCUGGCGCUGUGCAGCUCCCCUCUGCAGUCCGACGAGGAGGCGCUCUACUACGUCAAGGUUUACCAGGCGCUGGGCGACAUCAUCUUCUAUGAGCUCAAGGACCCCUUUGAUGCUGCCGGGUACUACCAGCUGGCUCUGGCUGCGGCCAUGGACCUGGGCAGCAAGAAGGCGCAAAUGAAGCUGUGCGGACGCCUGGCCACCAUCUACCACCACUUCCUGCGUGACCGUGAGGCCUCCCUCCUCUUCUACCAGAAGGCCCGGACCUUUGCGGCUGAGCUCCGUGGCCGCCGGGGCCUCUGGGCAGCCCCGCGACCCUGCGGCCGGGCACCCUGGCUGACCCAGGCCCCGCUGCUCUAAUUCCAGCAGAGUCCCCACACCCGCUCACGCUCUGGGCAGUGGGACACAUUGGCUGGACCUGGGGCCACUGGUGACCUCGCCCAGAGGCCCUAGGGUGUCUUAGGCCAGGCCCCCAC